GCAAUGGACGAUGACGUCAUCACCAACGGACGGUGUUGUCAUUCGUGAAGUGUGGGAAGCUGUUGUUUCUUUCUAUUUGUUCCGUUUCAAGUUCCUCGCCACACUGUAAUUGACCAAAACCCAACUACGAUGGCCGACUACUGGAAGUCACAACCGAGGAAAUUUUGUCAGUACUGCAAGUGCUGGAUCGCGGACAAUAAGCCGAGCCGCGACUUCCACGAAAGAGGGAAGAAUCACAAAGAAAAUGUGGCCGCCAAAAUUUCAGAGAUUAAAAAGAAGAGCAUGGACAAGGCAAAGCAGGAGGAAAAAAUGUCUAAAGAGUUUGCGGCGAUGGAGGACGCGGCGAUGAAGGCGUAUCAGGAAGACCUGAAGAGGAUGGAAAGGGAGGCAGCAGGAUUGAGUUCACCAGUCCCAACCGCAGCAAUCCCACAUCGACAACCUCAGGUACAACCUCAGGUAAAACCCCAGUCCAGAAAACAGCAAAAGAAAAAAGAGAAGGGAAUCAAAAAGGCCACAAAGCAAACAGAAACACCGGUUUGGGUUGAAGGGCAGACAGAAGAUGGACACACAUACUUUUACAACGCAGUAACUGGAGAAUCUCGAUGGGAAAAGCCAGGGGGUUACCAGGGAGAAGGUUCAACCUCUGCACACACUGGAAAGACUGAGAGCUCUUCGGGCUGCCCAUGGAUGGAAGCCGUCAGUCCUGAUGGUUAUACAUAUUACUAUAACAAGGAGACUGGAGAGUCCAGCUGGGUGAAACCAGCAGACAUUUCCUCGAAUGAGGCUUCUGGAUCUGGUUCCAGCAAAGAAGAGAAACAGGAAGAGCCUUCAACCCCUCAGCCUGAGCAACCUUCAGAAGAAGAAGAAGAGAGCUCCAGUGGGGCCCAGGCAUCCAAGAAGGCUGAGGUCCCUGAACAAGCAAGUCAGCAGCCCAAUGUCCCAAAGAUCAGCUUCAGGAAAAGGAAAGCAGAAGCUGAGCCCUCUGAAAAGGAGAGAGAAGAUAAAGCCAGUGAUGAUGCUCCUAAAGAGAAUGCUGAAGAGAUAAAAAAAGAGGAAGAGGUCCAAAGCAUAGCAGCUCAACCUGAGGAGAAGAAAAAGGAAGAGGUGACACGGAGGGUGACACAAGCCAAAAAGCUGAAGGCUUCAAAUCCAUAUGGCACCUGGGAACAGAUCCAGGAAGAGGAGGAUCCAUAUGCCAGUGUCGACUUGCAGUUGCCCCAGGUGGAGGGAAGCACAGCCAGCACUCCAGCCGACCUGCCACCGGAGCCCAAACCCAAGUUCAGGGAACGCAUCAUCACCUCGCUUGGAGACGAAGGCGGCCUUACUUCGUUCAGGAAAAACAAGACACAGAACGGCAAAUCCAGGAGCCUGCGACAGAGAGACAAUGACGACUGACCCGAAACACAUCGACACUUCGAGGCAGAUUAAGACUUUUACACAGAUACAACUCUUUCUAGGAAAGACAUUCAACAUUGAUCUUUGAAAUGUGCACGUAUGUUUUUUGUAUACAUUUUUGGGACAAAUUGGCCUAAGAAACGAGAUAAGUGCCGAUGUGUCCAUACAGAUCAAUUCAAUAACUUUUGUAUUUUCCAUAUCUGUAUAUUUUUUUUUUACCAUGAAAUGCUAGUCAGGCAUCUGAGUGGAAACAUAAUUGCAGUCCUUGUCAGCUACAGUGAAUGACUAUCUUAGUUUAUAAGAUGAGAGAAUGUGAUCUCAAUAAAUGAUGAGUGAACAAA